CGUCGGCCGAUCGCGACGCCUCGCCGUUUCAACAACAACUUUAUUGGUCCGCCGGUUCCCGGGCGGCAUGGAGGCGGCGGCGAAUUGCUCCCUUCGCGUCAAGCGUCUGCUUUUGGACCCCAAGUUCGAGGGAUACAAGUUGUCCCUGGAGCCGCUGGCCUGUUACCAAGUGGGCCUGGACUCGCCGGUAGCAGAAGUCAAACUUCGGGAUGAUCAGUAUACCCUGGAUCACAUGCGUGCCUUUGGCAUGUACAAUUAUCUACACCUGGAUCCCUGGUACCAAGAUGAUGUUUAUUAUGUUGAUCAACUUGGAAGAGUCAUGAAUUUAAGCAUUACUCUGGACACUGCCUUAAAAAAGCCCAGAGAAGUAUUCAGGCUUCCUGCAGACUUGAUAGCUUGUGAUAAUCGCCUUUGUGCAUCUAUACACUUCACAUCUUCUACCUGGGUUACGCUUUCAGAUGGAACAGGAAGGCUGUAUCUGAUUCGAACAGGAAAACGUGGUGAUGGCUCAUGUGAAAAGUGGGAAAUACUAUUCAACGAAGAAUUCGGGAGUCCCUUUGUUAUAGUCCACAGCAUCUCCUUUCUGCAAUCUGAUGCUCAUUCAGUGGGCGUACUACUCCUUCGCGUAGAAAAAGAUGAAUUGGAUGUACAAGGCAGUGGCUUCCAUGUUUCCUUGGAAUGGGUCACAAUUACAAAAACAACCAAGGAGAGUGAUCAUGCGUAUGAAAUCUCCAAGCGUCGAGUUCUUCAAGGAAAGUCAGUUCCACAUUAUGCAGCUAUAGAGCCAAGUGGUGAUGGCCUGAUGGUUAUUUCGUACAAGCCCUAUGCUCUCACACAGAAUGGUGAGGAUAAGCAUGACAAAAGUGAAAAGGAGAAAGCAGAGGAAAACAAAAAAGAACCUCUCUACUACUGGCAAGAGACUGAAGAUGAUUUGACAGUUACUUUUCAGCUACCGGAAGACUUUGCCAAAGAGGACGUUCGAGUCCGCUUUUCUCCAGGCCAUCUCAGUGUCGCACUGAAAGAUCCCCUCAGCCCUGUAUUAGAAGGAACGCUUUUUUCUUCGAUUGACCACGAAAGCUCCACGUGGAUAGUUAAAGAAAAUAAUAGCUUGGAGAUUUUCCUGAUUAAGAAGGAAGUGGGACCUUUAUGGCCAGAACUGAUCGUUGGUGACUCUCGGGGGGAAUAUGUCAUGGGUCCAGCCAAGAGUGCCGCAAUAGCUGAGCGUCUGACGCAUCUAACCUCUGAUGAAAUGAAUCCAGACCCUAACAAAGAGAAUCCUCCAUGCAAUGCCCAGGAGCUGGAAGAAUGUGACAUUUUUCUCGAAGACAGCACAAGUCUGUGCAGAUUUGAUGGUAACACCUUCAAUGUCACCCAUGUGGUGAAUCUUGGAAGCAACCAGUACCUCUUCUCAACGGUGGUGGAUCCCAAGGAAAUGCCAUGCUUCUGCUUACGCCAUGAUGUCGAUGCUCUUCUCUGGCAGCCACGCCCAGAUCAGCAGGACAAAUGGGAGCACAUUUCAACCUUCAAUGCCUUAGGUUAUGUGCAAGCAUCAAAGCAAGACAAGAAAUUUAUGGCCUGUGCCCCAAAUCAUUCCUAUUCUGCCCUUUGCGAGUGCCUGCGACGCGUGUUCAUCUAUCGGCAGCCGACUCCUCUGUCUACUGUUCUCUACAACAGGAAGGAAGGAAGACAAGUGGGGCAAGUUGCAAAGCAGUUGGUAGCGACUCUUGAAACCCAUGACCCUGUUUUGGGGUUCCAGGCAACAAACGAGAGAUUGUUCGUUCUGACAACGAAAGUGCUCUUCAUAAUAAAAGUGAACACUGAGAAUUAAUGACCAAACGUAUGGCAUUAUCGUUGCAUUCAAAAUUGGCUCAAAUAGUGACUGCAUAAAAAAAUUAAUAGGAAAGUACAGAGGUAUGCUGUAAGUUCAAAAGCAACAUUUAUCGUGCCAUGACCAAAAUGUAUCUUCGCAUUUGCCUUGUAUUUAAUAGAGAGAAGUUUUCGGCUUUAUUUUUUAAUAAACAGUUCAUUAUUUGUGCAAGGUUGCAGUUCUGUUAAGGAAGUGCAAGGAAUUUGUUUGUUUUUUUCUCUUUCCAGCAGGUGCAUCCGUGAAAUGGUUAAUUUGCUGCUUUUCCAAAUAGUUUCCAGUCACAUAUUUUUUAAUAAUAGCUGGUUGAAAAUACAUUAUUCAUUUUUCUUCAUUUCUUUUAUUACAGCAAUUUCUUAUCUGGUAUGCUAAGUCAAAUCACUCCAUAUAUAUGUGUGUGGAAAUCUACCAAAAUAAUUAAAAUGUAAUUUGCAAGCUUAGUUAAAAAGGGGUGGGUGGGUAUUUGUUUUCAUUUUUGUUUUGUUUCCUUUUCCAUCUCUAUAAAUGUCUCCAUGCUUAGCACUUUGCAUUGGCUCAUUGGAUAAACGAUAGUAAGCACGAACAUCUUACUUUCCUUUGCUAUUUUUUUAUUUAAAUUGACUCUGAAACUUCUCAUUAUGUGCAAACUUUGAUUGUGUUUGGGUUCCAGAUGAAAAUCUUCAACCGUUUUAGAAAUGAAGUGGGUUUUUAAAGAGCAAGCAAAUAAAUAAAUAAUAAGUAA